ACCACAGCUGCGCGACACAGCCCAGCGGCGAACGAAAAAACAAACCCGGUCGUCAUGUCCAAGGAAGCGGUCCGCAUGGGCAAGGUCUUCUCGGUGUCCGGCCCCGUUGUGAUCGCCAACGAGAUGUCCGGCUCCAAGAUGUACGAGCUCGUCCGCGUCGGCCACACGCAGCUCGUCGGCGAGAUUAUCCGGCUCGAGUAUGACAAGGCGACGAUCCAGGUCUACGAGGAGACGUCAGGCCUGACGGUGGGCGACCCGGUCGUGUGCACCGCGCAGCCGCUCUCGCUGCAGCUCGGGCCGGGCGUGAUGGGCCGCAUCUACGACGGCAUCCAGCGGCCGCUCGAGAAGAUCGCCGAGCUCACCAACUCAAUCUACAUCCCGCGCGGCGUCUCGACGACCGCGCUCAACGCGGGCGACGUCUGGUCCUUCGUGCCCAAGAACGUCAAGGUGGGCGACGCCAUCACGGGCGGCGACAUCUACGGCGAGGUGCCGGAGAACAACAUCAUCACCCACCAGCUGAUGGUGCCGCCCGGCACGAUGGGCACCGUCAAGUACAUUGCGCCCAAGGGCAGCUACACAAUUGAGGACGUGAUGAUCAAGGUCGAGUUCGAGGGCAAGACGACCUCGCACAAGAUGCAGCACUUCUGGCCGGUGCGCACGCCGCGCCCGACGGCCGAGAAGCUGCAGGGCGACCAGCCGCUCCUCACCGGCCAGCGCAUCAUCGACGCUCUCUUCCCGUCCGUGCUCGGCGGCACGUGCGCCGUGCCUGGUGCCUUUGGGUGCGGCAAGACGGUCAUCUCGCAGGCGCUGUCAAAGUACUCAAACACGGACUGCAUCAUCUACGUCGGCUGCGGCGAGCGCGGUAACGAGAUGGCCGAGGUGCUCAAGGACUUCCCCGAGCUCACCAUGGAGAUCAACGGCAAGACCGAGUCGAUCAUGAAGCGGACGACGCUCGUCGCCAACACGUCAAACAUGCCCGUCGCGGCGCGCGAGGCGUCCAUCUACACGGGCAUCACGCUCGCCGAGUACAUGCGCGACAUGGGCCUCAACGUCGCGAUGAUGGCCGACUCCUCCUCGCGCUGGGCCGAGGCGCUCCGCGAGAUCUCCGGCCGCCUCGCCGAGAUGCCGGCCGACAGCGGCUACCCCGCCUACCUCGGCGCACGGCUCGCCUCCUUCUACGAGCGGUCGGGCAAGGCGACCAUGCUGGGCUCGCCCGAGCGCGCCGGCUCCAUCUCGAUCGUGGGCGCCGUCUCGCCGCCCGGCGGCGACUUUUCGGACCCCGUCUGCUCCGCCACGCUCGGCAUCGUCCAGGUCUUUUGGGGCCUCGACAAGAAGCUGGCGCAGCGCAAGCACUUCCCGUCGGUCAACUGGCUCAUCUCGUACUCAAAGUACCUGCGCUCGCUCGACCCGUGGUACGAGGCCAACUUCCCCGAGUUCCCGCCCAUGCGCACGUGCGUCCGCGAGCUGCUCCAGUCCGAGGACGACCUCACCGAGAUCGUGCAGCUCGUCGGCAAGGACUCGCUCGCGGAGUCGGACAAGCUCAUCCUCGAGGUGGCCAAGAUCAUCCGCGACGACUACCUCGCGCAGAACGGCUUCUCGGAGCACGACAAGACGUGCCCCUUCUACAAGUCCGUCUGGAUGAUGAAGAACAUCGUCGACUUUUACAAGCUCUCCCACAAGGCGAUCGAGAACUCGACCGCCGACAACAAGGUGACGUGGCUCCGCCUCAAGUCGGCGAUGGGCGACACCAUCUACAAGAUCACCGCCCAAAAGUUCCAGCUGCCGAGCGACGGCAAGGAGACGCUCGUCAAGCACUUCCAGGCGCUCAACGACGAGAUCUUCACCGCCUUCCGCUCGCUCGAGGACUGAGCGGCUUUUCGCGGCGCAGCGCGAGGCGGAGAGAGCGGUGCGCCGGUCGCUAUUAGUCUCCUCGGUACGUCUAGAGGUUGUACAAAAGGCCUUGUUGUUGCUGGUUUAUUCACCCGCGAAAACCCGCCACCCCCGCGCGACGACCGACGUCCGUGGAGCGUGGUCCCCGAGUCGAGCUCUGGCCCGCCAGUUUUUGCGGAUUGUGCGCGCACGCCCGCCGACAGCAACGACCACAGCGCAGCUCCAGCUGUGGCCUCUCCCCGAGUCCCCGCUCCUGUCCCCCCUGUAUCUCGACUAGAUCGUGUAUGCUGUAUCCGUGUAUGUGGGAUAUCGAGAGCUGGAGCACCUGGCCGCUGCGGCCUGCGCGCUGGAGCGAGGAGCGCUCGUCACUCGUUACCAAAGUGCUAGUGGUAUACAAUACCCCAGCUUUCACUGGCCUGCUCGCUCGUCGGGCCGCACGCCGCCCCCCGCGCUCUGGGGCCACUGCCGGCUGUGUCUCUCCUCUCCUCUCUCUGAUUUGGUUCCUGCUGCUGGGGCACCGCCUCGCGCGCCUCCCCUCCUCCCGCGCACGACUCCUUCCUACGCUACGGCAGUGCGGCCGGCGGCCGGCCGUCAGAGUAGCACGACCCGCCCCUCGUC